AUGUCUGAGUCCAGCUUUGACGAUGACGAUGAAGAGCUCAUGGCGCUCAUCAGAGCUACACAGGCUCCAGCAGCUAUAGCAAAUUUAGGUCCUCAUCCAACUGGAAAUUCAGCAAAUCCAACAAAUUCAGGAAACCCAGAAAGCUCAGGAAUCACAGGAAACACCAUGAAUGGUAAUAAUUCAGGUCAGAUCCUACCAAAUAUGUCGGGUGACCUCAUACGAGCACAAGGAGAGAUCUCCAUUCUACGAGCACAAUUGGAGUCGUUGCAAAGUCUGAAAAACGAGGAAAUUCGCCGGCUAAAUCGAGAGUAUGAGAACGCUCAGAGCCUGGCCCAAAGCCAUAUCUCAGCGUUGAAGCAACUGGUGGAUAAGCUUGAAGAUGAGAAGAAGUUUCUAGGCAAUGAGAUUCGCUCACUUUCGGCUGCCAAGAGACGUAAAGUUGCGACUCCUUCUGGUCUGAUUGUUGAGGUGGACACGGACAGACAUGACGACAUAGAAGUAUCAGGUCCGGAACCUGAAGUACUGAAGCCAUUAAAGGCGAUUUCUGGCCCUAUCAAACAAAAAAUUCAGCCCAUAAUCUCCAUUCAAGAUGACUGGUCGCUGUUUUGUCUGCACAUUUGGAAUUACACCAUUAACGGCAGCAGUCGGUCCAGUGUCGAGAUACUAUCCAGAAUUUGCACAGAUAGAGAUGUCCAUAUCAGUCCUGAGUUGCAGAUUGACGCUUGGACACCCAUUCUGGCAGCGAUUUGGAACUAUCUCAUGUUGAAAAAGGACUUAAGGCUAGAUAAAUUGGUUCGCCAGUUCUCGGAGCAGAUGGUUAUGCUAAUAAAAAGCCAAAUUUCUGAAAACAAAAACAGACGCAGCAUUGUUGCUGUGCCUUUCAUUACUUCGCUUCUCCAUGCGUGUGUAAAUUUCAAGGUGUCUGCCGUGGACGAGCACUUGGUGGUUUACCUUGUGCAAGAAAUGUGUGGUAUUCUGGCCAAGUUUGUGUUUUUGCUCCAGCUGGAAGACGAGGAGGAGUCAUUCUUGGAUCACCAUAACGUCACCUACCAGCAUAGGCUCCUCGAAAACUUCACCCUCGUUCUGUGCUUUGAUAUCUUGGAAGACGCAGUGUCGAUAGCGACACAAUUUGGCCCAAAGUUCGUGUCGAGAAUCUGGGAAAAUACCAUUGAUACCCAAUUACUUCUGAAAAUCUUGCCAGAAAACAGUGAGAGAUUCAAGUCGGUGGCCCAGAUCAACCUUGUGUACAACUACGUGGAGAUGCUUUCAGCCUCGCUCAGUUCUGGAGGUUUCGCAGCCAAUAAAGACCACUUUAACAAGCUGCUCGUUGCGUCCUUGAUCAAAGUUUUCCUCAUAGAUAUCUCCAUCAAGGAGGAUUUCAUGUUCUUCGGCCUAAAUCGAGCCUUGGGCAACAAUGAAGAUUUUGAGCGUAUAAGUGCUUCCAUUCCCACAAAAGCUGACUCCAUCUUCAGUCACUCGCUCAUUGCCACUGCAUUACCGGUUAAUCCACCCAAAUCAGAAGAACUUCAAGGCUACCAUGUGGUUACUAAGCAUCAGUUCCACUUGCUCAGUCUCCGAAUCCGCAUUGUUAAUACGCUUGAGUCAUUGGUGAUUUCUGGAUCAAUGCAUCUUUUGAACGAGAAGGAGAACCUCAAGUCGAUCGUGAGAAUCAUUGCGUUUGAGCAGAAUGCCAUGAUGCACCAGCCACGGUCUCAGUUCAUCCACAUGAGGUUGACCAUAGUGGCAGUCCUUGUUCGAAUCUUGUAUUACAUCACUGAUGAACACAAGAACAUUAAUACGCUCAUUUAUCCAGAAACGCUCUACGAGAUUUUCGUGAUACUUAUGCGGGUGGCAUUUGGAUCGGAUUCGCUCUCUCUGGGUGCACUUAAGUUACUUUCAGAGAUCCGAGCUCGAGGCUUCACUGAUGUUGGAGUCUUCAACAGGUGGUGCGAACAGCGUAGUCGGGACAUCAGUCACAUUAACCUACAUGAGGCCAGUGGAGGCAAGUUUGGAAUGCUCAGCGAUGCAGAGUGUAAUUUUGGCAAUGGGCUCGAGUUCCCGUACGAGCUGGAAACUAUAGAGAUAGCCAGAGAGAUCUUGGGGGUCUGUGUGAACCACGAUGAGGCAGACAACUUGUAUUAUAACAUGAAUGAGGUCUAG